AUGUCUCUCUUAGACGUUUUCUUUCCGGGCCUCAGUAUGGUCUCUGCCUCCGCACAGCAUUUGUUUGCUGGAAACCUGGACAGUACCACUCGAUUCCUUUGCACCUUGGGAAUGUUCAUCCUCUUCGCCCGCUAUGCAAUCUGCUAUGCAUGGGAGGUAGUGAGAAAAUAUUUUACUUCCACGAUUUAUGUCUCAUACUACGAUGAAGCAUACGACAUGCUAGUUGAUUGGAUAGCCGAGCAACCGUUUGUCCACAAUGCCCAUUCAUUGAUUGCUCGUGUGAGAACCACACAGCGGCCAGGAAACAUUUACUCAACAAAGAAAAAGCCUGUGACCUUCUCCCCUUGGGAUGGAUCAUUCCUUUUCUGGUACAGGGGACACUUGCUCAUCCUUCACUGUGCAGUCAAAGAGCAUCGAGAAGACCUCCGUAUCUCCUCCAUUGGUCUCAAUGCCAAUAUCCUGAAAGCUUUGGUCGAAGAGUGCCGCGAAAAGUAUCUCAGGGACACCCAGCAAAAGAUUUCUGUAUUUGAGCAUCACGAAGGGGAGUGGAAGAAAGCCAGGCUAAGAUCCGUCCGACCGCUCUCCACAGUCAUUAUGGACGAACGGAUAAAGGAUGAUAUUUUAAGAGAUGUGGACGAAUUCCUCGAUCAAGACAUGCAAGCAUGGUACGCAGAAAGGGGCAUUCCGUACAAACGAGGCUACCUUCUUUUUGGGCCUCCUGGAACCGGGAAAUCCAGCUUCAGUUUAUCACUCGCGGGCAAGCACAAACUGGAUAUCUAUACGCUUCAAUUGUCAAACAUCUCCGACAGUACACUGAUGAGACUUUUUGCUGAGCUCCCGCCGCAUUGCAUUGUCCUCUUAGAGGACGUGGAUACCGCUGGAGUGGGACGCAGAGACAGCGUUGAUGCAACCCAGGAAAAUGAGUCAAAGUCAGCGGUCACCCUAUCCGGGCUUUUGAACGUGCUCGAUGGUGUCUCAUCCCAAGAAGGCCGCAUACUCAUCAUGACGACGAAUCAUAUCGACCAUUUGGAUGAAGCGCUUAUUCGACCUGGUCGCUCAGACAAGAAAAUUCAUUUCAAGCUCGCCGAUCAAACCAUCUCGAGCCAGCUCUUCCACACGGUCUUUAAACAGCUGCCGAAUCAAAAGCAAUGCAAUGAGGUGUAUGAUGAUGAGACAUUCAGUACCCUCGCUCAAGACUUUGCCAGCAAGGUGCCGGAGCAAGUGUUUAGCCCGGCAGAAGUUCUAUCAUUUCUUUUGGAGCGCAAGAAGUCACCUUCGGAUGCUGUUUCUUGCGUGGAGAGCUGGGUGGCCAAUACAAAGUAUUGA